AUGAGCUUGAAAGAAGUAUUCGAACAACAUCCAUGGAGGUCAUUUAAGAAGUUCAAUGAAGCUGCAAAGAGUUCGGGAUUUACUAACAGAGCUGAAGUGAAAAGGUUCUUUGACAAAAAUGUUGUACAUCAAACAAAAAUAAAUCCUUACGACUACUUUUUACCAAUUUACUCCAACACUCCUGACGCAUACCAAUUUGACACUCUCAUUCAAAGCAGAAAAGGAGGACAUAAACCAUUCCUCAUCUUCAUUAAUGUUAACACUCGCAAAGCUUUUGCGUAUAUAAUGAGAAAUAAAGGAACUCAUGAAGUGUUAAGAGUUUUACAAAAGUUUGUAGCAGAACAUAGCCCAAGUAUUUUAACAUCAGACCAAGACGGUGCAUACCUCAGCAACGAAAUCACAGAAUUUCUCAUUAAGCAUAACAUAACUCACUACACUACUGA